CUGAUCUUAUCAAUAAGUCAUGACGAUACGUAGUAAUUGUUGUUAGUACUUGUAACUCGCACUAUUUGUUUACAUUUUGCACGUAAACCGCAAACUCAGAUGUACAUAUAAAUCUUAGUCCGUGAUGUAGGCAAUAAACAUAGUACAUAAUCAUUAGUAAAACGAGGAGUGCGAAUGAUUAGAAUGAUUAGAAAUCUGUUAUGUUUACCAAUGACUGGUAAUUAACCUUUGCGUGCGUCCUGUGAUAUUCAAGAAAUUUUCCGUUGAUUUCAUUAAGUUAUUUUAUAUAAGCUCAAAAUGUCAGAAAAAUGGAAAGCAGAAACAACAAUUAAGUUUAUCCAGGAAUUUAAGCGAUAUGAAUGUCUCUGGAAUCCUAAACAUGUUUCUUAUAAAAAUAAACAUAUGCGGGAAUCUUCUUUUCAAAACAUUGUGAAUGAGAUGGCUAUACCUGGAUUUAAUGUAGCAGAAGCGAAAACAAAAAUGCGGAAUUUAAAAUCCACCUACUAUCAAGAGAAAAAAAAGAUUGAGAAAUUGAAUUCAUCUAGAGGCAGUUCAAACAAUAUGUAUGUAACAAACAUAAAAUGGUUCGUGGAAAUGGAUACAUUGUUAAAGGAUGCAGAUGAAAGAAAAAUCACUUUUGAUAAUUUUGAACAAAAUAUCGCAAUGGCGUCAAAAAGAAAAGAUCUAGACCAUGGCCAAAGUUCACAGGCCAAAACAAAAAGGAUCAGGCAAGAAAAAGUUGGUGAUUUUUCUGACGAUGAAGACUUGUCCGAUAUUGAAGAGAACGAGAUAUUCAACGGCAUCCGAAUACCGUUGGAGUUACCUCCCAUUGUAUCAGCAGAAGAAAAUGCUGGCCCACGUAUGGUCAUUAAGAACAUAGUGGCUAAUAAUUUUAAGAGUUAUUAUGGAGAAGUUGAUAUUGGACCGUUUCAUAAGAGUUUAACAAGCAUUGUUGGUGCAAAUGGAAGUGGAAAGAGUAAUGUUAUUGAUUCUUUACUCUUCGUGUUUGGAUAUCGAUCUACAAAAAUAAGAUCAAAAAAAGUAUCUGUACUCCUACAUAAGUCAGACAAACAUAAAGAUGUUCACCAAUGUUCAGUCACUGUAAAUUUUGUGCAUAUUCAUGAUGAUGAUACUCAAGAUCUUGGUUUUAUUGCUAUUCCAGGAUCUGAAAUAACUAUCACUCGUACAGCAUUUAAAGACAAUACAUCGUUUUAUACUUUAAAUAACAAACGUGUAAAAUUUAAAGAAAUAGCAACUAUUUUAAAGAAAAAUGGAAUAGAUUUAAUUCAUAAUCGAUUUCUUAUCCUCCAGGGUGAGGUCGAACAAAUUGCAAUGAUGAAACCAAAAGCUGAAAAUGAACAUUCGACUGGCAUGUUAGAAUAUUUAGAAGAUAUCAUUGGUACUGUAAGAUACAAGAAACCAAUUAUUAAACUUGAAGAAAAAGUGAAAGAAUUAUCAGCGGAAAAAACUGAGAAAAUAACUCGUUUAAAGUUUGUUGCAAAAGAAAGAGAAGAACUUUUGGAACCAGUUGAAAAUUGUAUUAGAUUUUUAAAGUUAGAAAACCGAAAAACUUGGCUUAUGAAUAAAACAUAUCAAUUCGAAAUGUAUAAAAUAAAUAAAAAAUUAAAAACUAAAACUGAAAAACUGACCAAGAUCGAAGAAGAAUUAACUAAUAUUGAGAAUGAGGUUGCAAUUAUUGAGGAGAGUAAAAAAAAUAAACAAGAAACAGUCGAUGGUUUUAAUGAAAAAUUAAAGGAUAAUACUAAAAAACAUACAGAACAUAAAAAGAAACAUAAAAAAUUAUCUGAUCAAGUUUUUAAGGUUACAAAUUCUCUAAAUAAUAAUGUAAAGGAGAUUAAACAAUAUGAAAAUUCUAUUACACAGGAAAAAAAAAAGAUUGCUAAAGCUGAAGAUUUACCAAUAGUUAAAGAAGCUGAACUUAAAAAAUUGCAAUCUCAAUUAGUACCUUUAGAGGAGGAAUGCUCAAAAUUAGAAGCAAAUUAUACAAAAAUAAAUUCUAGUGGAUUUGAAAAAUCAAAAAAAUUCAGAGAAGAAAAAGAUGCAUUAGCACCAGAAGAGUUAAAGUUGCAAAAACUUGUUGGUAUUAAAAAAAAUCAACUUCAAACUUUAAACACUGAGUUCGAAGUACUUUUAGAUUCGGAAAAAUCUGAAAAUGAAAAAUUACUUAAAUUGGAAGAAGAUUUAAGUAAAGGAACUAAUGAAUUUCAAGAAAAUGAAAGGAGUAAAGAAAAUUCAGAAACAGCUAUAUUAAAUUGUAAAAGUUCAAUUAAAGACUUGGAAAGAAAUAUUGAAGAGUUGAAGAUUAAUGAGGAACAAAUAAAAACUAAAUUACAAACUAUACGACAGAGUUUAACAGAAAAAAAAACAGCUUAUGCAGAAACAACUGGAAGAAGUCGACCAAUUUUAUACACCUUAAAAUUAAAAGAUGAAGGAAAAAUCAGUGGAAUUCUUGGUAGAUGUGGAGAUUAUGGUCAGGUUGAAGGUAAAUAUGAUAUUCCUGCCUGUACAGCUUGUGGAUCUACAGAUCAGAUUGUUGUUGAAACAGCUGAAGCUGCUCAAGCAUGUAUUAAAAUGUUAAAAGAAAAUAAUGUUGGUCGACUGACAUUUUCGGUUUUACCUCAAAUUCAAAAAUUGAAACCACUUGCAGAUGCAAAAAAUAAUUAUCCGGAAAAUUCAAAAAGAAUUUUUGAUUACAUACAAAUAUUAGAUCAACGUUUUAGAUUAACAUUUUACUCUGGUGUAUAUGAUACAUUACUUGCUGAAGAUUUAGAACAAGCAAGAAGAAUAGCAUUUGGUACUCAAACUCGAUACAGAGUUGUUACUUAUAAAGGCGAUUUAAUUGAUCAAUCAGGUAUUAUGUCUGGUGGUGGUAGACCCAAUAAAGGUAAGAUUGGACCUCAAGAAACUAAAUCUAAACUUGCUGGUGGAAAUACACAUUUAGUAAGUCAAAAUGACGUAGAAAAAUUAGACAAGAUUAUUCAAGAUUUGGAGAUUAAAUUGAGGGAAACACAAUCCAAAAUUUUUGAUUUGCAACUUAAUGUUCAGAACUAUCAUGGACAAAUUGAUGAACUUAAUAAAGUUGUUAGACAGUGUUCUUCACAUAUAAAUGCAUGGAAAGAAAAAGAAAUUCAAUUGAAAAACUUAAUUUUAACUCAAAAAAAAAUUGCUAUUGAAAAAAAAACCAAUCCAAUUGUUGUUGCCAACAAAAAAUCUGAUAUUAAAAAAGCUGAAGAAGAAUUGAAUGUGGCGAUUGAAGAAUAUAAUGUGGUGAAAUCUAAAGUAGAUGCUAUAAAGAAAAAAAUUGAAUUAAUAACUGAAGGUGAACCUAAAGAAGCUAAACUUUUGCUUGAUGAAGCAACCGAUAAAUUAGAUAAGACUCGUUGUGCAAUUAAUCAAAUCAACGUUAAUAUACAAGCUGCGCAUAGACAAGUAAAAAUUUCAAAAAAUCAAAUUGAAACUUUAAAAGACCGUAUUAAUAAAGCUAAAAAUCAAGAACAAACUUUGAAAAAUCAAUUAAUAGAAUUAAAUGAAAAAUUAGCACAAUCUAAUGAACUAGAUGAAGAAAUGGAGGAAGAUUUAAAGAAACAAAGAAUACAUAUUGAGAAAUUACAAAAAGAAAUUGAUGAUGGCAAUGAAAAAAGUACUGAUUUACGUAUGUCUAAAGUUAACAUAUCAAAAUCAUUGGAUGAUACCAAAGUCGAAAUUGAACGUCUUGUCCAAGAACUUGGCUCUAAAAAAAAAGCGCUAUCCAAUUUGAAACUACAUACAAUUCCUAAAAUUGAUAAUAACCAUCGUGAUCCAGUUACAGAAUCUUAUCAGAAUCGUGAAUUGAAAGAUAAAAGUAUAAAAUUAAAUACUUUAGAUGUAUCAGUUGACGAAGAAAAUUCUAAAAAUAAUGACAAAUCCCAGAAAACGGAUGAUACAGAAAAAAUUCAUGAUGAUAUUAAUCAAAAUGAUGAUGAUAAUGAUAUAGAUAAUAAAGAAUUACCUCAAUAUACUGAUGAACAAAUGGAAAGUAUUGAUGAAACUGCUUUAAAAAAUGCCAAGUUAUCUGAUACUGAAAAAAAUAUAGAAAAACCUAAUUUUAAUGUUCUUGAUGAAUAUGAUAAAAGGAAUAAGCAGUACCAUGAAAAAGCAAAUGAAGUAACUGAAGUGUUGAAAUUAUAUAAUGAUCAUGUUGAUAUGACAAAUAAAGUAAAACAACGAAGACGGGAUGAGUUUAUGGCAUCAUUCAAAAAAAUAACAAUCAAAUUAAAAGAAAUGUAUCAAAUGAUAACGCUUGGUGGGGAUGCUGAACUUGAACUAGUCGAUUCAUUAGAUCCAUUUAGUGAAGGAGUUAAUUUUAGUGUAAGACCUCCAAAGAAAACCUGGAAAGUAAUUACUAAUCUAUCUGGUGGUGAAAAAACACUGUCAUCUUUGGCCUUAGUGUUUGCUCUUCACUAUUACAAACCAUCCCCAUUGUAUGUUAUGGAUGAAAUUGAUGCUGCGUUAGAUUUCAAAAAUGUAUCCAUCAUUGCUUAUUAUAUAAAGGAACGUACAAAGAAUUCCCAAUUUAUAAUUAUUUCAUUGCGAUCAAAUAUGUUUGAAAAAGCUAAUGUUUUAGUUGGUAUCUACAAAACUAAUGACUGUACUGCAACAACAUCAAUUACAACUAGUGAGUAUUCAAAUCGAGAAAAGGCUUACUCAAAAUAAUCAUGCUAAAAAAAUUAAUUCUUAAAAUUUAAAUAAUUCUACUUUUUUACUUUUAUUUACUUAAGUAUGCAUUUAUUA